AUGCCUCCGAUGAAAAUGAGACCAUUAAUGUCAACUACAAUAUUAUGUGUCUCAGUCGUGAAGAAGGUAUUAAGUGGAUCAAAAAAGAAAGACUUCCAGCAUUUCUGGAAAGUGAUUGCUACUUUGAAUACAGGAUUCCUAAAAUGCAGGUUAGCCAAAUUGGUCUCACAAGUAAGAUGGAGCAAGUCCGGCAUGAAUUUCACAGUAGGAUCAAAUUUUUCUCCCUGGAUCGUGAAAAAACCACCCAGUCUACCACCUCCUGCCACUGAAGAAGAUAAUCUUGUAAUUAUGAAAAAGUUCUAUGUAUCACUUGGUGAGGCUUCCUAUACUCAAACAAAAGAUUGGUUUGCAUUAGCAAAACAAAGUCAGCAAACAGUAUCAACCUUUUCGUUACCCUGUUGUGUACCCUACAACAAACUUAAAUCACCAGCUAUUUCAUCUGUUUCUGAGAAUUUUAUCUUUGAUGAUGGAGUUCACCCUAGGACAAAAAAGGACCCAUUUAAAACCACCAAACUGAUUUCUGAAUUUGAAGAAGAAGAAGGAGAAGAAGAAGAAGAGGUGUCUGUAUCUCUACAAGACACUCCUUCUCAAGCUCUUCUGAGAGUAUACCUUGAAAAGAAACAGGAUGUUGGUGAAAGCCUGACAAUGCAUUUCUCAACAUGUGAAGAAUUUUUAAGCUCCUAUGUAUACUUUAUUUUGAGAGGAGCAAUUCAGCAAAUUGUUGGAAAGCCAGUUGGAGAAACCCCAGACUAUAUAAACUUCAACAAUAUAACAAAAGUGUCGUUUGAUGAUUGUUUUGAGUCUAUUCGUGGCAAGAAUUUUUUAAGUGAAUUAGUUCAAACUACAAAGGAGAGGUCAGAAGAGAGAGAACAAACAAGUUUAAGUUCAAAGAGUGAGAGCGCUGGACCAGAGAGCAGGGCCGACUGGUGUAUUUCUCAUAGGACUUAUGACAUUGGCAAUAGAAAGGAGUUUGAAAGAUUUAAGAAAUUUAUAAAAGGUACAUUGGGAGAGAGAUAUUGGUGGCUAUGGAUGGAUAUUGAGAGGUUAAAAGUUCUUAAGGACCAUGGAAGACAUCAAAGACAUCUUGAGAAGAUGAAAAAAUGCUAUCUAGUGAGCAAUGGAGAUUACUACCUUUCUGCAGAAAUCUUAUCAAAAUUUAAACUGUUAGAUGGAUCACAGUGGAAUGAAGAGCAUUUAAGAAAUAUUCAGCCUGAAGUUUUAAAACCUUUACUUCUGUAUUGGGCACCAAGAUUCUGUGUUACUCAUUCACCCUCAACAAAAUACGCUAGUGCUGAACUGAAAUUCUGGCACCUCCGUCAAGCAAAACCAAGGAAGGAUAUUGACCCUUUUCCACAAAUGGCAACCCUCUUGCCAUUAAGACCCAAAUCUUGCAUUCCACAGAUACCUGAGAUCCAGAAAGAAGAAUUCAGCUUAUCACAACCUCCCAAAUCUUCCAGUAAAUCACCUGGAGUAAAAACAGUAACUCAAAAGCCCUGGAAGAGGGCGCUUUUGUAUCCAGAUUCUUCUAAGGAUCAUGUGAUUGAGAAAGGGUCAAAGCACAUGUCAGAAAGCAGCAAAGUCAUUCACUUAACAUCUUUUACUGACAUUUCUGAAUGUCUCAAGCCCCAGCUGGAUAGAAGAUACACUUAUACAGAAGAACCUAAGGUUAAAACCAUGUCAGAUGUUGGUGCCUUGGGAGGAUUUGACAUGGAAAAUUUGUUGCAAUCUUUGUAUGUAGAAAACAGAGCUGGAUUCUUCUUUACUAAAUUCUGCGAGCAUUCAGGAAACAAGUUGUGGAAGAACAGCGUGUACUUUUGGUUUGACCUGCAGGCUUAUCAUCAGCUUUUCUACCAGGAAACUCUUCAGCCUUUUAAAGUAUGCAAGCAAGCACAAUAUCUUUUUGCCACAUACGUUGCUCCUUCUGCCACUCUUGACAUUGGACUCCAACAGGAAAAGAAAAAAGAAAUUUAUAUGAAAAUACAGCCACCAUUUGAAGACCUUUUUGACACAGCAGAGGAAUAUAUCCUUCUCCUCCUUCUUGAGCCAUGGACAAAGAUGGUAAAAUCGGACCAAAUUGCAUAUAAAAAGGUGGAGCUGGUGGAAGAAACUCGACAGUUAGACUCCACAUACUUCAGAAAGCUACAGGCUUUGCAUAAAGAGACACUUUCCAAGAAAGCUGGGGAUACCACUUGUGAAAUUGGAAGUGGCAUUUUAUCACUCUCUAACGUCUCUAAACGAACAGAAUAUUGGGAUAAUGUUCCUGCAGAAUACAAGCAUUUUAAGUUUAGUGAUCUGCUUAAUAACAAACUGGAGUUUGAACAUUUCCGUCAGUUUCUUGAGACUCAUUCUUCAAGCAUGGAUCUUAUGUGCUGGACAGACAUUGAGCAGCUCCGGAGAAUAACUUACAGAGAUCGAAAUCAAAGGGAGGCAAAAUCUAUAUAUAUUAAAAACAAAUACCUUAAUAAAAAAUAUUUCUUUGGACCCAACAGUCCAGCUUCUCUGUAUCAGCAGAACCAGGUAAUGCAUUUAAGUGGUGGCUGGGGGAAGAUUCUUCAUGAGCAGCUUGAUGCACCUGUUGUAGUUGAAAUCCAGAAGCAUGUCCAAAAUAGGCUAGAAAAUGUAUGGCUGCCAUUGUUUCUUGCAAGUGAACAGUUUGCAGCACGUCAAAAGAUAAAGGUACAGAUGAAAGACAUAGCAGAAGAGCUCUUACUACAGAAACCUGAAAAGAAAAUCGGGAUCUGGAAGCCUGUGGAGAGUAAGUGGAUCUCUUCAUCUUGUGAAAUCAUUGCUUUUCGCAAAGCAUUAUUGAAUCCAGUUACUUCAAGACAAUUUCAACGUUUUGUGGCUCUAAAAGGAGAUUUAUUGGAAAAUGGUUUACUCUUUUGGCAAGAAGUACAAAAAUAUAAGGACUUGUGCCAUUCUCAUUGUGAUGAGUCUGUCAUUCAGAAGAAGAUUACGACUAUUAUCAACUGCUUUAUUAAUUCCAGUAUUCCACCAGCUUUACAAAUUGACAUUCCAGUAGAGCAAGCCCAAAAGAUUAUUGAACACCGGAAGGAGUUAGGACCAUAUGUAUUUAGAGAGGCACAGAUGACAAUUUUUGGGGUCCUGUUUAAAUUCUGGCCUCAGUUCUGUGAGUUUAGGAAGAAUUUAACAGAUGAAAAUAUUAUGAGUGUUUUAGAAAGAAGACAAGAAUAUAAUAAGCAGAAAAAAAAUUGGCAGUCCUAG